AUGGCCAAAGCCAUCGACCUUGAAGCUCAAGUCGUAUAUGGCUAUCUCCGUAGACACAAGGAUACCAUGGCUGCAGAUGGCAUGCCAACAGAAAAUCAUGCUUGGUGUUCUGUUAAAGUAGGAGGCGAAUAUAGAUUUAUUGAUUGUUGGCUAGCAUCACCUUGUCACCAGUAUAACAACAAGAGUAACAACGACAACAAUGGUGAUACCAUGCCACUUGUAGUAGAACCACACUGGUUUUUAUGUCGACCGCUCGAUAUGAUCUACACCCAUUUCCCGACGAGCGCCGUCGACCAAUAUCUCGAACCACCUGUCAGCAUCAACACAUUUUUCGCCUUGCCCUUCGUCUGCCUACCAUUCUUCCAGCAUCACAUCCACGUGCUCGACUACGACCCUGCCAGUUGCGAGCUUGUCGGCGACAAGAUGUGCCACAUUACGCUCCAAAUCGAUCCAGACAUUGCAUGUUACGCUGAAGUCGAAACGCGAACGACACAACAUGACAUGACGCGCACAGCACUUUUGAAAACACGCGGAUUAGCACAAAGUUUGGAUGACAAUGGCGGUGAUCGGAUAUGUAAAAUCAAGGCCCAGUUACCGCCAGGUCAAUGGAUGGGUUGGCUCAAGAUUUAUGCCGGUCCACGUGUGGUUCCGACAACGGGAACGGGCCAACAGCAACAAGAAAAGCUUGGUGCAAAACAUUAUCCAUUGGCGCUCUGUUUCCGCUUGACGCAACAGAUGCCACAAAUACAACAACAACAACAACAACAACAGCCGACAUUUGAUUUUGUCCAUAUACAUGUAUGUCAGUACGAAUUCUAUGUGCAAGAACCACAAUGCUAUCAACUGUAUCCGCUGCAGAAAUACAACUUUUCGGUCAAAAGCAAUCAAACGCACCACAAACUCGCUAUCCGUAGUCCGAACGGGCGACUCUAUAAACUAAUGUAUUAUCCACAAGACCAUACUUAUGACGGCACCAUCACUGUGAGUGAGGUUGGUCAAUGGACGUUGGUGUGUUUGCUCCACCAUGCUGGUGGUCUUUACGUCGUGGCAAGCUGGGAAUGCAAAGUUUAA